AUGAAGUUCUUCUUGUCCAUCGUUGUCUACGCAUUGGCCAUCCUUGCUACCACUGCAGUUUGCGCUGAUCCCCCAUUCACAUGCCAAAAUGGUCGUGACGCCGUCGCCUUACAAAAAUCCUUCGCGAAAAUUGACUUCACCAAGCCGUGUCCGACACUUAAUCAAAUCGCUUGUGAUGGAGACAGCACUGCUAAAUGUACUCCAGGCGCCGAUGGUAACAAUGUUUGGUCUAUCCAACCAUGUGCUGCCACAUUAAAAUGUUUUGCGUUACCGUUGGUAAACAAGGCCGGCACUAGUGUCACUUGCGACACUCAAGCGGAUCGUGAUGACCGUGUCAACCGUGCUCUCGCCACCUGCCCAAAGAAGAAGAAGAGAUCAAUGAGAAUGAGGAAAAUCUGA